AAUUGGCAGCCUUAAUUGAUUCAGAAGCCCCUUGAUUGCAACAAAACAUUAUCUACUCCCUCGGACAAAGUCAAGUCUUUCAUCUUAACCACCAUAAUGGGAUAUCUAGUUGCUAGAUUAUCUACACCGAGAACCUUUGUUUCAUGCCCAUGGUGAUCUCAGCCACAUUUCGUAGCCUUCCACAAAUUCUGUCUUCUGGUAGCCAACAGUCAUAAAAAGGGGAGGAAAAUAAGGAGAUUAGAUUAAAGUAUUAAACAGCAAGUAGCAAAAUACAACAUGAUUAAUCUUUGGUACAAAUAUGGCGAACUCAAAUGUUCUCUCUCUAACUUUUCGCUCUCCUCAAGAGAAGGAUCAGCUUGAUCGAAGUGUGAAAAGGAUCAAGAAUGUUAAUCUAAUUGCUAUUGCUCCAUCUAGAGAAGAGCAUAUGGCGGAAGCUGCAGCCAAUCCCCAGUCCUAUAGAGACAAACUGAUCUACGAUGGCUCUUUCGAAACUCUCGAUGAGGACCUUUCUUUUGAUGCCAUUCCCGAAUAUCUUGAUGAAGACUCGGAUAUCGACGAUGAUCCAGAUGACCCGACGCCAAUAAUCCUCUUCUCCAAAGAGGAAAAAAGACGCAUGCGCGAACCAUGGAAAAAUGCUCUUAUUGUGAAAACCUUUGGCAAGCCAGUGGGUUAUAAUUUCCUUUACGGGAGUCUCAAAGCCCAAUGGAAACCAGCAGGUAAAUGGGAUUGCAUUGAUUUAGGAUAUGACUUUUUUCUUGUUCGUUUUCAGGUACACGAAGAUCUCAGUAAGGUCAUCAAUGGUGGCCCCUGGUUCAUUGGUACAAACUACCUCACUAUCAGACCAUGGGAACCAAAUUUUAAGCCUGAAAAUGCCACUUUCUCGCACACAGUGGUCUGGGCACAGUUGCCAGGCCUUUCAGCAGAAUACUAUGACAAAAUCUCCUUGCAACGUAUUGGCAACGAAAUCGAAACUCUUCUCCGUGUUGAUGCCCAUAUAGCACACCAUACACGUGGACAAUAUGGUCGUGUGUGUGUUAGAAUAGAUUUGAAUAAACCCCUUGUAAAGCUUCUCAGAUUGGGCAAAAUUCGUCAGAAAGUUGUUUAUGAAGGGAUUAGGGGACUUUGCUUUGCGUGUGGUCGAAUUGGCCAUCGCAAAGAGGUUUGUACCUUUCAGUCUAGGCCAUCUGCAACUGCUAGUGUCAUCAAUUUGGAUCUCCAGAACCAAGCAAACUUUAAUGAAGAUGCUGAAAUCAAUGUCACGGGUUGUCACAAGCCGGAGGCUUCAACCUCCACAGAAGGGGCAGGAGGCAUCCAAAGUGCUAGCAACAAUCAUGUCCCUAACUACACUGCAGAGCCUAGGCAUAUUCGGGAAAAUCAAUUUGAUGAAUUUGUCAAGGUUGGUAGAACUAACGGUACACCUGCAGGAGCAUUUAAUGUGAAAACUCAAUUCAAACCUGCUAAACAAACGGUUCUAAAAUCAACCGUUACGAACUCUACGUCUAGCCAUAUGGAUACAGGCCCAAAGAGGGAUUCUAUAUCCAGAAGUUCUGCACCUAGUGGGAAAGAGAUUGGGGCCUCACCCAAGACAACAAAUGAAGAUUUUGGCACAAGCGGGAAUGUGGGCCAAAGCAACAACCCAACAAAGGCCUUUAUUCCAACAGAGACCAUCUCUAGCCUAAUGUCUUGGCCUUGUAAACUUUUUUCCAAUGCUCCAGCAAGCCUUGAAGCUGCGUUGCUCACUGUUAAAGAAAGAAUUAAAAAUCUGGAAUCAAGUUCCAACUUUACUUCUGCACCUUCAAUUUCCUCUAUUCUCCCAAAAUCUUCUUCAGAUAUAAGAAAUGAGCGAUCCAGUAGCAGCUUCACCAAUUCCCCAGCUCAGCCCCAAUUUGAAAGUCCUACUAGUCAACAACAACAAUGUGAUUUCAUUGAAGGAAGCCUUAGAGCUGUUAUUAUCAAGGGAGGAGAAAAUACACCCGAUAUGGAAGGAGAGGGAUCUAUUCAAGGCUUGGCGCAGUCCUCUCCUAACUCUCAAAUCCAUAGAUCCUUUUUCUUUUCUAAGCUCAGUGCCAGCUUUGAAGGAAGAUUCGAUAGCUAUGGUAGAUCAAUGCAGUACUCAAAAGCUAGAGUUCACUACCGAAGGAGCAAGCAUAGAAGAGAUAAAGGGCCCUACCCAACCUCUGAAAUUUCUAGCCCAAGCAUGGCAGGAACAUCUCCAAAUCUCCGAUAUGAUGGGCAAGAUGGAGACAAUCCAUGUUAUCAUCAAGUCCUCAAUAUUGCUGGGGACGGAGGAGAUGGAUUACGAAUGCCUGAUGCUUCCGUGUCACUUUUCGGGGGCCAAAAUGAUGCUGUUGCACAGGGAAACUCAGGAAUCGUUAUGCUCUCUUGGAAUUGUCGCGGUGCGGCUAAAAUGGAGUUCAAUAGGCGCAUGAGAAAUUUGAAGAAUCAACAUUCUCCCUCAAUUAUGCUGAUUCUUGAAACAAAGCUCUCUGGCCAGGAUGCUAGGAAAGCUGUGGCUGAAUGUGGAUAUCCUUGUAGCCAUGUAGUUGAUUCAGAUGGUAAGGCUGGUGGUCUCUGGUUAUUGUGGGAUGAUAAUGAAGUGUGUGUCGAUGUCGUCACCUCAACUUUUCAAGCAAUCCACGCAAUUGUCCAGAAGCGGAUUCUCAAUGCUAGACUUGAAGGCAUUCAUCAUUCCCUUUCACGAAAUCCUUCCAGUUUUCUUACUUCUUUAGAGAAGGAGCUUACUCUUGAAUAUGUGAAGGUCUUGAAAUUGGAGGAAGAUUUAUGGUUUAUGAAAUCCAGGUCUAACUGGAUUGUUGAUGGGGACCGUAAUUCCAAAUUCUUCCAUUUAUCUACCAUUAAGCAUCGGAAUCAUAAUAGAAUCUUCUGCCUUCGUACCUCGGAGGAGGAUUGGAUUUGUGAUCAGCAGGCUAUUGUUGAUCUUAUCAGAAAUCAUUUUAUGCAUCUCUUUACCUCUUCUCUUGAUUUCUCUUAUCAUGAUUCCUUCUCUAAUCUGGGAGUUGGUAUCUCGGAAUCCCAUGACUUAAGUUUUCUGGACAACCCUCCUUCUGAUGAAGAGAUACAUAAUGCUCUUUUUGGUCUUAAGCUUUUCAAGGCUCCUGGACCUGAUGGUCUUCAUCCUGGUUUCUUCCAGAAAAUGUGGGAUUCAGUUAGGAGUAUUUUGUGUAGUGACAUUCACAACACUUUCUCCUCGGCUUCUCUCCUUGCUAAUUGGAAUGAGUGUUUAAUUACUCUUAUUCCCAAAACUAAAGCUACUGAAACAGUUCAGCAGUUUCGUCCUAUUGGUCUAUGUAACGCUACCUAUAAAAUUAUCUCCAAGAUUAUUGUGAAUAAGAUGAAACCUGCUUUAGAUGAUUUGAUAUCUCCUUGCCAGGCUAGCUUUGUUCCUGGUAGAAAUGGUAUUGAUAAUGUGCUCAUCCUGCAGGAGCUUGUUCAUUCCUUUUCUAAGAGAAAAGGUCGGGUGGGUGAUAUGGUGGUUAAACUUGAUCUCGAAAAGGCCUAUGACAGGCUUGAAUGGAGCUUCAUUAGAGAAGCCUUAACUUUCUUCAAGUUCCCACCAAAAUUCAUAUCUCUUGUUAUGAGUUGUGUUUCCUCUUCUUCUAUUUCAAUUUUGGUUAAUGGGAAUAAAACUGAUGCUUUUCUUCCUUCUAGAGGCAUCCGUCAGGGUGAUCCUAUCUCACCUUACUUGUUCAUCCUGUGCAUGGAAUACCUUUCUAUCAAACUUUCCAAUGAUAUGGCUGAAGGCAAAUGGAAGGGUUCUAAGGCGGGUAAGCGUGGUCCUACUUUAUCUCAUAUGUUUUUCGCUGAUGACUUAGUUUUUGUAGGAAAAGCUACUCUUACCAACGCACAAUAUCUUAAGGAUACUCUAGAUUUCUUCUGUUCUCGGUCUGGGCAAAUGGUCAACAAUGCUAAAUCUAAGAUUUUAUUUUCAAAAAAUGUUGAUCAAAUCACUAGAGACAACAUUAGUCAAAGCUUGGGAUACCAGCAGACGAAUGAGCUUGGCAAAGCCACUCUUGUGUCAUCUGUUCUUGCCUCCAUUCCAAAUUACUUCAUGCAGGUGAUGUGGCUUCCCUCUUCUGUCCAUAAAGAAAUUGACAAAAUUUCUAGGAAUUUUUUAUGGGGUUCUGUUGUUGACCAACGCAAGAUUCAUCUUGUGGAUUGGGAUACUAUCUGCAAACCCAAAUCUCAUGGUGGCCUUGGAAUUCGUUCUGCUCGUAAUGCUAACACUGUUGCUAUGAGCAAACUCAACUGGAGAAUUCACACAGAAAAGGACAAAAUGUGGAGAGAGGUGUUGGUUAAGAAAUACAACAUCAAUGACCUCCGUUUUGCUCCUUCCUCUUCUGCCUCUCCAGUUCUUAAAAAUUUAUCUAAAGGUACUCCACUUUUUACUUCCGGUAUUAAAUGGGUCCCUCGUAAUGGUCUCUCGAUUCACUUUUGGACCGAUCACUGGGUCGGGAAAGCAUCUCUUGAUUCUAUUUUAUUUGGUCCCUUUGAUAGAAACACCUCUAAGAUCCUUCUUAUGGAUGUUUUCCAAGAGGGUGUUCUUGAUUUUGAUACCAUUGGGUAUCAUAUUCCCCAAGAAUUGAGUAUGCAAAUCCUUGCUGUUCCCAUGUUAAACUAUCAUUCUGAUUCUGAUAUUUUUUCUUGGAAGGAAGAAUCCAAUGGUAUCUUCUCUUCUUCUUCGGCCCACAAAAUCCUUACUUCUAAGGAUUGCCAGGUGAAUGAUAAUUGGAAUUGGAAGUGGAUUUGGAAAACCCCAACCCUCCCAAAAAUCCAAAUGUUCUUGUGGUUGCUUGCUCAUGGUAAAAUAAAAACUCUUGAGUAUCUCCAUCAUCUUAGCAUUGUUGAUAAUCCGACAUGCAUGAUAUGUAGGAGACAAACGGAGUCUAUUGAUCACGUUUUUAGAGAUUGUCCUCAUGCUGUUGCUGUUUUCAAUAAAUUAUCUCAUGCUUUUGCUAACAGCCAUAAUGCUAUGAACUUUAGGCAUUAGCUGUUUGAGCAUUCUCACAACAGUUCUCUUAGCCCUUUUUUCAACAUUCCUUGGGCUGUUAUAUUUUCCUUUGCUAUUUGGGUUCUUUGGAAUCAAAGGAACCAUUUUUU